ACCCUUCUUUUGGUGCCAGCCUGGCAGGAUAACAGCAGUUCUUUUAAGUGCGGGUCAGUUAGCGGCCCACUCUGACAGAAAAUUGGAUUAUAUCAACGAGCUGUGUUUAAGAAAUGAGUUUAAAAAAUGCUCCUCCUCCGUCAUUCCACUCUUACCACGAGAUCGACUGUUUGACCUCUCGCGCAGGUUCCUGUAUUAAUUCUGUUGCCAACAAAAUCUUACUCAGUUACAUUAGCAGCUGCUGCGGACAUGGCAACAUCCAACGAAUGCAGCUACAGCUAUGAGGAUUAUAGAGAAACAGCAGACUGGCUUCUUGCUCAAACAGAUUUCAGGCCCAAAGUGGCAAUCAUCUGUGGUUCAGGCCUCGGUGGAUUAGCUGACCUGCUGGACCACAAGAUUGCGUUUCCUUAUGAAAAAAUCCCCCGGUUUCCCCACAGCACAGUGCAGGGACAUAAAGGUCAGCUGGUGUUUGGAGAGCUCAAUGGAAAGCAGUGUGUUUGCAUGCAAGGCCGUUUUCAUUUUUAUGAGGGCUAUAACGUAGCCACAGUUACAUAUCCAGUAAGAGUGUUUUUUCUUCUGGGAAUUGAGACUCUGAUUGUGACCAAUGCUGCUGGAGGACUAAAUCCAGAAUUUAAAGUGGGUGACAUCAUGUUGAUCAAAGAUCAUAUCAACAUUCCAGGUUUUGCAGGCCAAAAUCCACUGUGUGGUCGCAAUGAGGACAGAUUUGGAGUGCGUUUUCCUUGCAUGUCUGAUGCAUAUGAUAAAGACUUGGCACUGCUGGCCAGGAAAACUGCUGAGGAACUGGACUGUGCCUCUUUCCUUCAGGAGGGUGUUUACUGCAUGUUGGCUGGGCCAUGCUAUGAGACGAUUGCAGAAUCCAAGGCUCUGCAGCUGCUUGGGGCAGACGCUGUGGGUAUGAGUACGGUUCCAGAGGUAGUGGUCGCUCGACACUGUGGGCUGCGUGUGUUUGGACUUUCUCUUAUUACCAACAAGGUGGUGACCGAUUAUGACAGCAAGGAGAAGGCUAAUCAUGAAGAAGUGCUGGAAACCACCCGCAUGCGAACCAAAGACCUCCAAAAGAUAAUCAGCCACUUGGUGACAAAUAUGUAAUGCAACCAUUUACUACGUUCACUAAAAACAUGAGUUUGCUUUUUAAUAAGAAUUUUUACUAAUACAUCACUGUGAGAGCCGUACAAGUUAUUAAUUUAUGAUGUAUGUGAUGCAUUCGCAUGCAUUCUGAAGAACAACUGAAAAUAUGCAGCAUUACAGAACAAUCAGUUUUUGUCAGCCUUGAAAGAAGAGGAAAAGAUCAAACAGACUUGAGGGAAACAAACACAACUCAAAUCCAAUGAUGCAAUCCUCAGAUUGAUUUUGUAGUAGAGUUUAAAGCAGGACAGUGGGAAUUAUUUUACAAAUGAUCAAUUUUAAUAUUGCAUAAGUAAAUGUUUUAACUUAUUCAAUGAAUAUUCAAAUUGUUUAAAGAAAGCUAUGUUUUAUUUUGUUGUUUGCAAAUAAUAACUGAACAUGUGAAUAUAUAAUAACAAUAUAUGUUUGCACAUAAUAUAGAUUAUUUUAGAGAUUAUAUGUAUAGCAAAUAUUCUUCCCUGUUCCUGUUUUGGGAUUCUUUGCAUGCUUUGUUGUUCAUUACAUUGUUCAUAUGAAAGCAAUAAUUAAAAUUCUUUUGCCACUUCCAAAAAUAUACUACAGAUUUGGUCAUGCUUAAAGUGUUUA